GCAGAACCAAGGCGGCUCCGUCGCAGAUGCCAUCGGGGAAGCAGACUCCGUUUGUGCCCUCUCGGUGCGCGAUGCGUCACAGGAGUUUGCCUUUGGUGCCGUUUGGUCCCAACUCUGGGCCUUCCUCGGGUGGUACAAUGCGAUGCAACUCGUGAUCAUCCCUUGGGUUUGCCUCUGGAUGUUCUCCAGCUCAGUCUUGGGCAUGGCGCGGUUUGCACGCUUCCAGUAUCAGAUCUUCCGCAUUAGCAUCGACACCUUGCUGCUCAUGUUCCUCUCGGUUGCCAUCCAGGUGGAAGACUGGUUCACCUUGGGGACCCAGUACCUCCAAUGUUGCAUGAGCAAGGCCGUGCGGAAGCGCUACAGGCUGGAGAGAGACCUCCGACGCGCGCAGACCUUCUCGGACUAUCAGAAGGCAGAAGCAUCUCUGGAGCGAUUUCGCAGUAAGCUCUCUGACGACAGCUGCGGCCGCCUCUGCCGGCGGCCCAGCACUGGCCGCCUUUCGAAGGGGUGCAGCUUUCUGGAGCAUCUGGGGGUGCUGAAGCAAGAGCUUGAGAAAGCCCUGGCCGCAGACACCUCUUCGAAACAAGAUCUCUCGCUCAUUGAGCCGCUUCUGGUGGAUCAGCCCGGUGGCGUGGAGUGGAGCCGUGUGCCCAACUCGGAGGAGUAUUUGAAGAAACUUUGUCACUGCUUGGAGGCGAUGUGCGACAAGCGAGUGGCAGCUGGCGAAGCCUUUGGAGCGUCAGAGCUGAGGCUUGCAGAUUGGCUCAUCGACCGGCAGAAGGCCAUUGGCCGCACGGCCCUGUGCCUCAGUGGCGGAGGAUCGCUGGCCAUGUAUCACAUGGGAGUCUGCCGCUUCCUCCUCGAGGAGGAGACGGAAAAAGCCAAGAAGACAAAAGCCAAAGAUUCAUGGAUCCUCUUCGUUCUCAUUUGUCUCAACUUCUUUUCGUGCCAGUUUGGCCACGGCUCCAACAUCGGGGUGGCUGUGUCACUCCCAGGGAACUCGAAGGCCAUGAACUUGGCACUCGGAUCGUGGGUGAUGGUUGGCGUUUGCUUGGGCCUCCCUCUUACACCAUGGGCCUGCCGGACCUUCGGGGAGUUCAAUGUCGUCAUCGUGUGCACCAUCCUUGAUGUCAUCGCAAUGUUGCUCAUGACCGUGCCUGGCAUCACAAUCCACCAAAUCUACGCAGUCCGCUUCCUCGUGGGCUUUUUUGAGGCGCCCUUUCUUCCCUACUUGCAGAAGUGGCUCUCUAAGCAUGGGUGCAACAACUGGAACCUCAUGAAUACGACCUUACAUGCGAUGGUGCCUCUUGGUGAGAACGUGGGCUUCAUUGUUGCCCAGGAGUUGGUAAAUUCUGGUGUCCACUGGAAGUGGGCUUUUGUUGGGCAAGCCGCCGUUUUCGGUGGCACGGCCCUGUUGUGCUUGGCCUACGGUGGACGUCAGUACUUGGAGCUUUCAGACGAUCGCACGGACAGUGAGGAGGAUCUUGAUAAGCCGACAGGUGAAGUGGAGUACCCAAGCACCGAGCGUUGGGGUGUCUACUGGGCGACCAAUGUGUCCCUGGCAGCACAACUCGGUUUUCUCGGUGGGUGCAAGUACGUCAUUCGGGACUACGCUACCUCGCGCGGCUUUGGCCUACACCUCGUCCUAUGCACCUUCUCGCUCAUUGCCUUGAUCGGACCAGCCCUUGGUGGCAGCAUUGCCAUGUCCGGGAGCGUGGUGCAGCCGGACAAAUGGAGUCAGCACCGGAGGACCCUGAUCUUCCUCGCGUCCGUCUCCAGCAUGGCCGCAAUCCUCGCAUCCAUUCUCCCCUAUGUCUCAAGCACCUUCUUUUGGCCGGCCUUGUUCCUAACUUUCUGCAUCGCCGGCGGCGUCUACCCGGCAGCGCAGGGGAUCAUCCAAAUCGCGCUGACCAGGAGCCGCGUGAUCGAAGCCUCCGUCUAUCAAGUGCAGUGCAACAACCUCCUCUUCGCAAUGCCCAUGCCCUACGGCAUUGGAAUUGCCAUGGACUCAUGGAGCAUCGGAGCCUCAUUCCGCCUCGUGGCCCUCUUCCAGGUGAUGGCCGCAGCAGGCUUCUCUUUGGCCGUACUGUCGGCGGAUUGGGGUGAGCAGCGCAGCACGUGGAAUCGGCUGACAUCCCCGACGCAAGACACAGCAAGCCUCCUUGAGGAGGGAAAAUCGCCCAAUGUGGAGCUCACGAAUGUCUCCGACACAGUCGCGAAGGAAGGGCUGAUGCCAAAGAUCGUCAGCGGGGUGUCGGGCGGCUCGAUUGUCGCCGGAUUCCUGGCCAUCCACACGAAUGAGGAGAUCUUGGACCAUGUUUUUGUGCCGGGCAUUGUGCGUCGGCAUUUGCCUCAUCGAUGGUUCCCUCACUGGUGGCAG